AUGGAUCCGUUCAAACCCAUCCCGUCUGAAAUCCUUCGGAUGAUACUCGAGAUCCUGCCGAGCCGCUCCGAUUUUGCUGCUGCGACUGAAGCGUACGCAGCCUUUCGUAACGCAGCUGAUCCGUUCGAACGCAUCCCGUCUGAAAUCCGCCUGAUGAUACUCGAGAUCCUGCCGAGCCGCUCCGAUAUUGCUGCUGCGACUCAAGCGUCCAAAGCCUUUCGUAACACAGCGGCAGGCACCUCAUCACGCGACCUGAUUCGCCGCUUGCACGUCCAGAAAGACCUCAGCGGAGACCUUCUCCAAGCCGCGAUGGCUGUCGUCUUGUUUCCAGGUCCAGGUUCGAAUGAAGCGUCAAUAUCCCAUCACUUAGACAACUGGAGAAAUAAUCGGCUUCCGGACCCAUUCCCUGAUCCUAAAGAUCCCAACAACGAGAUCCACAUAGAAAGGUUGGAUAACCUCUGUGGCUACUUGCGACUUGUCAUUACCGAUUAUUUGUCCAAGGCCACUAGUGCUCGACUGCCAUUUGCUUUCAACAUUAACAACAUGGAAACUGAUGAGCGGUGCCGUGUUUAUCGCGCCUUUCUACAGUAUGAGAUUCUCAGCAAGGUCUACGGCCCCCUGACAGCGGCAAGAGCGCCUGCCGGUCCUCAACCCAGGUUUUAUAUGUGGGACUGGAAUUCUCUUUUCCACAACUCCACACCAGCCUCGGAUCCCAAGCUCUUUGGGAGCAUUCGCGAACGUUCCGCCAAGACCCUCCGCAACACAUACCGGAGGAGUGUGAGCAUGCGCCUCGCGUUGGACAGUAUGAGUUUCAACCCAACCCCAGAUACUUGGUAG